AGCUAGCAGAGUGCACGGAAGUCUUUUCGGCUUCUGGAAUAAUAAACUCUGAAGCAGUCAUGUCGUUUUGUUCGUUUUUUGGUGGAGAAGUCUUUAAAGACCACUUUAAACCAGGAAUUUAUGUAUGUGCCAGUUGUGGUCAUCAGCUGUUUUCCAGUCGCUCAAAGUAUGAACACUCUUCUCCAUGGCCAUCCUUCACAGAGACCAUCAAUGAGAACAGUGUCACCAAACAUAAAGAGAGACCUAAUGCUUAUAAGGUGCGGUGUGGAAAGUGUUACAAUGGAUUGGGUCAUGAAUUUGUGAAUGAUGGCCCGGCCAAAGGACUGUCUCGCUUCUGAAUAUUCAGCAGCUCACUAAAGUUCAUCCCUAAAGAUAAGGUUGAUGGACAGUAAGGUGAGAUAAGAGACAUUCUGUUGGCGACGUCGAUGGUUCUCUGCGCUGCAGAAGGUGUGGACAGUGUAUGAAGUGUUCUGGGUCAAAGCCCAGUCUGGGACAUCCAGGGCUCAGAUGGUUGUUGGCCUCACUGGACAGCAAGAACAGAGGACUGCUGUG